AUGCAGCAAGGCAUAAAUAUGAGUGUUGAAGAGCAUAUGCAACACCUACUUGCUCUCUCAUGCAUAUUGUUGCUGAAGCCAGCAUGCACACAUCAAGAUUUACACAAACACAUUGAUCUCAACACGUGUGACACACUUUGCCAGCAGAUCAUUCAAAUACAUAGAAUGACCAACCAAUCCUUUCCCUCUGAUGUCAAACUGCAACUCGAAGAUAUAAUGAUGCAAUUGGAUGUGGUAAGCACGGCAUGCACACGCCUAGCAGCAUCACGAAAAAUCUGGGGCUUGAUACAGAACGACGAUGUCCUUAAUCCUGUCAACAGGAUUUUGUUAUCAAUUCGAAACAUGGUGGAAAGGUUACCACGGCACAUCUUCGAAAAUGGGCCAAAAGAAACAGAGCUUAUCACGCGACAUCUGGAAGCAAUCCUUAGUCCUUUGACAUCCGUCAGUGAUGACGAAAAGCAAGCUAACAUUCGGCCGGACGCAUCCAUCAAUAUCAUACACGGAGCAAUGCUGGGCAAUCGAAUUGGUUGUGGCGAAGUAAAAGCCCAGUACCAGGCCCUGAACCACCGGCUUAUUGGUAUAGAUCUGUUCCGUGUCGCGACAUUUGCUAAAGAUGCUUCGGAUAAGCAUAAGUUGAAAUCUGCUUUUGCUUUUCUUGUUGUUGGUAAAGUAUUUGUUGUGUUCGAUAGGUCUAUAACAUUCUCAUUCUUUAUAUCACAUAGGUAAGAAUGCCACCUUCUACAUUGUCGAUCGGGCAAAAUAUGAUCUCUACACUAUGUGCGAAAUUGCCCAUAUUCAACUGCCAUUCAGCCUUGAUCAAGUGCCACUUUUUAUUUCACAAAUGAACAUGGUCAUAAAGGUCAUCACUUGUUUCCAAAGUGUAGUUAAAGGCGAUAAGCACGACUUUGCCCGGAGCCCUAUGAUCAUUUCGGAGCACACAAUGCAUCAAAUUACCGACCACAAAACAUCAAGCAAACGGAAGGCAAUUUUUAGCCACUAUAGUCACUAGCUAUCAUCGUCACCAACAUCAUCAACAUCAACAUCAACAUCAACAUCGCCAUCACCAAUCACAAUCACAAUCACAAUCACAAUCACAACCACCACCACCAUCACAAUCACUACCAUAUCUGUCCAUUGUACUAUAUAACCUUCUAUCUGUCAUUCAUUGUAUUUUAUAUCCUUC